GUAAACCAAUUGAAAGGGUGUCUUUAAUGGCUUUAGCCAUGCUAAAACAGGUUUGGAAGCAUGUGCGCCCUCUAUUAAACUCUAUGGUGACUGACUGCUUCUAAAUUGUGUCAACCACAGACCUCAAACUUCCCACUCAGUGUCUAUUUACUCAGACUGAGAGUAAGUUAACUUACAACACGUCUCCCCUUCAAUACUAACUUCAACUUACUAGCAGUCUCCACACUACCAGUAAAUUGACUCUCUGUACAGGACCUCUCUCCUCCACUUCACUCUACUGCAGGGUGGGAGAUGCAACAAUGGCCUUGAGAACAUCAGGAAGUGUGUUGGUGGUCUUUCUCUGGUCUGUAGCAGGUCUUCAGGUGAAGGUGACUGGUGGACAUCAGGAUAAGACACUGACCUGUAGCACCACCUGUACUCUGACUGGUAACCCCACCUACAUCUGGUACAAGAACGAACAACAUCUAGAUGAGAGCACCUCCCCCCAGUACAAAGACCCAGUCUCCAGUAACAAUGAAGACGGCUACUCCUGUGCUGUAAAAGGCCAUGAGGAUCUCCACUCUCCUUCAGUGUGUGUCCAGGGUCAGGACUGCAACAGAGUGAAUUACACUAAGAGGAGAAUAUGUGCCUUGAAGGGGUCAACAGUGGACAUAUCAUGUACUUAUGGCAGUGGUUAUGAUACCGUCACAUCAUCACUCUGGUUUAGUCCUAAACAGAGUGCUAGGUGGAGUGGUAAGUUGAUCCCUGAGGACAUAACCACAGACCCAGGGUAUGCAGGUCGUGUGGAGUAUGGUGGAGAGAAGGAGAGAGGUCGCUCCACCCUGCGAAUCACAGAUCUGAGAGAGGAGGACUCAGCUGAGUACAAGUUCAUAUUCAACACACAGUCCUCAAGAUGGGGAUACAGCUUCCCUGGAACAACACUGACUGUCACAGACCUGCAGGUGAAGGUGACAGAGGCAGGGAAGAGGACACUGACCUGUAUCACGACGUGUACUCUGACUAACAACCCCAACCCCACCUACAUCUGGUACAAGAAUGGACAGAAUGUAAAGGAGAAGUCUUCCAGUCUGUACUCAGAUUACUUUAGUGAUGCAGACAGCUACUCCUGUGCUGUAAAAGGCCAUGAGGGUCUCCUCGCUCCUUCAGUGUGUGAGAACUGUUGGAGUGUGACUUACAACCAUCAGAGGAUCUGUGCCUUGAAGGGGUCAAGAGUGGACAUAUCCUGCUCUUACACAUAUCCCAGUUAUCAUGAGAUCAAAAAAGUUUUCUGGUUUACUAAAUGGUCUGGUAUGGAUCCUGAAGAUCUGAGGUCAGUGCCAGGGUAUGAGGGUCAUAUAGAGUACCUUGGGGAUAAGAAGAGUAACUGUACCCUGAGAAUCACAGACCUGAGAUUGAGUGACUCUGCUGAGUACAGGUUCAGAUUGAUAACAUCCGGAGGAAAGUCUGCUGGCUCACCUGUCUCCCUGACAGUCACAGAUGUUGUGUUGGAGAUGGAUCCUACAUCUGUGUCAGAGGAGGAGAGAGUCACACUGACAUGUAGAACCAAAUGUACACUGGACCCCAUCACAGCCUACAGUUGGUAUAAGAAUGGACAGCCUAUACCAAACAGCAACACCUCCUCUCCUGUCUAUAGCCUAUUCCCAGUCAGCAGUGAGGAUGCAGGCAGAUACUCCUGUGCUGUGGAAGGCCAUGAUGAUCUCCCCUCUCCUGAAGAGAUUCUCACUGUCACAUAUGGACCAAAGAACACCUCAGUGUCAGUCAGUCCCUUUGGUGAAAUAGUGGAGGGCAGUUCAGUGACUCUGACCUGCAGCAGUGAUGCCAACCCACCUGUGGAGAAAUACACCUGGUACAAGAAGAACGUAACUUCACCAAAAGCAUCAGGACAGAGUUACAAUAUCACUAACAUCAGCUCUGAGGACAGUGGAGAAUACUACUGUGAGGCCCGGAAUAAAAUAGCAUCUAGUAACUCUACAGCUCUGAUGAUCAUUGUAGCAGGGAAACAAACCUCAGUUAUGACUACAGCUGUAGGAAUCGUAGUGGUUGUUCUGGUUCUCAUCCUCGGUCUCUCUGGCUUCAUGUGGCUCAGGAAGAAGGCCUCCAAAUCCACCUCUGACACAAGAGACACAGCAGACAAUAGACAGGGAGACUCUAAUCCAGUGUAUGACAACAUCUCAGGCAUGGCCAUGACCCCUACUGCAACACAGACAGCAGCCAACGUAGACCAGGAUGACGUUCACAACGCCAGCGUCCACUUCUCUCGCUCCAAAAACCAGGAAGUGCCUCUGUACUCCACCGUCCAGCUGCCUCAACCACAGAAACAGGACGAAGAUGUCCAAUACGCUGAUGUGAAAUUCAACCACCCCAGUUCUGCCACCCAACCCGCAGCAGCACAAGCAGCUGAGGAGGACCCCUCUGUUCUCUACAGUACAGUCAACUAACCCAGAACCAAGAAGACCUGAACACAACAAACCCAGAACCAAGAAGACCUGAACACAACAAACCCAGAACC